AUGCCGCAAUCCUCCGACGCGUGCGCCGCCCUCCCGCAGGCCUGGCGCUUCGCCGGCGCCGUCGCCAAUGGCCGCCACCCGCUCUCGACGCUCAUCGCGCCCGCGCUCUGGCUCGUCGACGCCGUGCUGUGCUGCCUGGUCAUCUGGAAGGUCCCGUACACCGAGAUCGACUGGGUGGCGUACAUGGAGCAGGUCGCCCAGUUUGUCUCGGGACAGCGCGACUACACCAAGAUGGAGGGCGGUACGGGGCCGCUCGUGUACCCGGCCGCGCAUGUGUACACGUACACGGGGCUCUACUACCUGACGGACCGUGGCGAGAACAUCAUGCUCGCGCAGAAGCUCUUUGCCGUCCUCUACAUGGCCACACUUGCGCUGGUGAUGCUGUGCUAUCGCCAGGCCAAGGCUCCGCCGUACCUCCUCCCGCUCCUGAUUCUGUCGAAACGCCUGCAUAGCGUCUUUGUCCUGCGGUGCUUCAACGACUGCUUCGCCGUCUUCUUCCUAUGGCUCGCCAUCUUCUUCUUCCAGCGCAGGCACUGGACCUUGGGCAGCCUGGUGUACAGCUGGGGCCUCGGCAUCAAGAUGUCGCUGCUGCUCGUGCUCCCGGCCGUCGCUGUCCUACUCUUCCUCGGCCGGGGCCUUUGGGGCAGUCUACGGCUGGCCUGGCUCAUGGCGCAGGUGCAGCUUGCCAUGGCCAUUCCGUUCCUGGCGACCAACUGGCGGGGAUACUUGGGACGGGCGUUUGAGCUUUCGCGGCAGUUCAAGUUUGAGUGGACCGUCAAUUGGCGAAUGCUCGGCGAGGACGUUUUUCUCAGCAAGUCCUUUUCACUGGCGCUACUCGCCUUGCAUGCCAUCGUCCUCUCCAUCUUUGUCACGACGAGAUGGAUGCGGCCUGCACAGCAACCCUUGCCCGCCAUGAUCCGCGCCAUGCUCCAGGGCAAAUCUCCCUUUACGCAGCAGGAAGAAGGCCGCGUGUCGAACCGGGUCACCCCCGCGUACGUCAUGACGGCCGUGCUCUCUGCCAACGUGAUCGGGCUGCUGUUUGCGCGGUCUCUUCACUACCAAUUCUAUGCGUACCUCGCCUGGUCGACGCCGUACUUGCUAUGGGUGGCCUUGCCGCAUCCGCUGCUCGUCUUCCCGCUCUGGCUCGCGCAGGAAUGGGCCUGGAACGUUUUUCCGAGUACCGACGUCAGCUCGUCCGUCGUGGUCAACGUUCUCUUGAUCACAGUCGUUUCAGUGUACAUGAGUACCGCGAAAGAUGGUGACUCGGAGGCGCGGCGGAUAGCGAUAGAGGAGAAGAGCAAAUGA